AUGAACCAAUUUUACGGUGCAUACGUCUUCAUGUUCUUUCCGUGUUCGAAUCCUCUGUCUUACAAACUGACUGGGCACGGUUUCGAAUCUAGUGCUGCUAUCAAUCAAACUUAUUUUCUGCAAGGUUCCAAUAAAUACUCUAUAAAUCUUCAAGGCAGUGGGUCAGUUAAGCAGCUGGUGGUCGAGUCAGCAAUGAUUGAUGCCGACAGCGCAUUCAGUUUGAAGAUGGAAAUGGUACUCCGAAAUAACACGGAAAUAACUUUAAUUCCCGAAUCUCAACUGACUCUACCUCCCUGCUUGCAUCCUCUGCCCUCCAACGCUCCUUACGGUACAACAACUGCGAGUAACGCAUUUAAUACUGACCAGGAUCAAAUUGUCAGAGUCAAUACAACUAGAGCGUGCUCUCAGGAUGUAGUUGGAACUUGCAGGAACAAAGAAAUUUGCAUCACCAAUGACAUCAUCCUCAACAACAACAAUACGAAAGCGGCUUUUUGUUAUUGUUUUGAUAACUUCCAACUGGAUGGCCAGUACAGAUGCACACAGCCCGUACCGCAGAAGAAAAAUGGGAUCUCAAUCCCGGCCAUAGUGAGUGGAGCAGUAGUUACAGCUAUCAUAUUGGUGGUCGUUGUAGUCCUGGUGGCAAAGCACGUGAUCAAAAGAGGUCCCCGUGACCUCGGGUUCAACCCCUUAAACGAUUCCAGCGUCGUUUUGGAAGAUCCACCGAUGAUUAAUGUGUGA